AUGGACGGAAAGACUUUAUAUGAACUUUUUAACAAGAUUAUGGACUCUUGUCAAAUUGAAGAGAUUUGUUUGUUACCAUAUCAAAACACUCUUCCGAAAGAUCAAUAUUAUCCAUUUCUUUUAAUUGAUUCAAAUCUUGGUAUCCCAUUAGAACAUUUACAUAAAAUUUUUAAACAGGCUCAUGGAAUAUUUAUGAAUCUUUACGUCGAUCGUGACCAAGGCUACUCUAAUGAAAAACUGUUGGCGUACGUUAACAAUGAUGACAAAGAGACUAUCGAACUCGUAAAACAAUCAACUCGAUGUUUAUUAUUGCUCAAUCCGGAUUUGUACACAGCUACCAACGCAAGGAAAAAAUUAAUUUUAAAUAAUCUCCUUGAUCCUGCUGAAGAGUUGAGAUUUAUAAAUCUCAUUCUCACUUUCCCGAAACACACAAAAAAUUCUACUAUUUGGCAUCACCGAAGGAAAUGGAUCCUCUCGAAUAUUAUAUCACGUUAUCAAUCUGAUAAUAAGUUUGAUAUUACCGAAUUAUUUCGACUUGAAAUUCCUAUUAUUCGUCGUGUUGCUGAAUUAUAUCCUAAAAACUAUUACGCUUGGACUCAUAGGCAUUGGAUUAUCUCUUUGUUACCAAUUGAUUCUUCCAAUUCUAUUUCAUUUUUAGAUGAUGAAUUACUGAAUAUGGAAAAAUGGGUUCGAACGAACGUUUCUGAUCACUCUGGGUUUCAUCAUCGACAAUUAUGUUUGAUAAAGAAAUCACAAUUUUAUAAUUCUACAAUUGCUACUUUUCUUGGAAUUUCUAGAGAUAACUUGUUAAAUCAACUUCCUGUUCCUGAAAAUUUAUCCUCUACCAAAACUGAUCAUAUUAUCCUUCUAUGGUUCAAUGAAAUACGUUUCACGAGAGAUCUUAUUUUAAGAUAUCCUGGACAUGAAACUUUAUGGUGUCAUUUAAGAUUUUUAUCAGUCAUUUGGAAAUGGUUAAGUUCUUUGGGUCAUAUUUAUCCAAUUGAAUCUAAAAACAUUGAACCUUAUGGAGAUGGGGAUGGUGAAAACAUUAUGUUGAAUUUGUGGCCUGAUUAUGAGAAUGAAUUGAAAUUUUCUCGUUAUUGUAUUCUUAUGAACUCUGAUGUUGACGAUGAACAAAUAGUUUUACAAAAACGUUAUGCUAUUGCCUAUGAAUUAUGGAUUUCAGAAUUG